UUUCAUUAAACAUGGCGUCACACCAUAUCGCUCAAUGUCGACGACUUUUACGUAUAUUGAAUCACGUUCUCGUGCAAAAAGACGAAUUACUUUGGUGAAACGUAAAAUCGUAUUGUGGCACCUCGGUGCGCGGCAAUAUUUUCCAGAACUUUUUCGUUGAAACGAUUGAACCUCAGUAUUAAUGAAGUCCAGCAAAAAUUUUGGUUAUGGUACAUUAUGGGGAGAGCUACCAGCGCGGGAAAUGCUGAAGCAAGAAGUAAUAACACCAGAUAUCAUAGAAAAUGUUUGGCGACAAGUCAUAGAUGACUCAAACAAUCCUGAUUGUGAUUAUCGUAAUGACAGGCAAACUGAAUAUUUACAGUUACCCAUGGGAAAUUUACAUGUAUUAAAUACCAUAAAUCUUCACCAACAAUUACGCACAAUGGAGGAAGGAACUGUGCUUGGAAACAUGACUAUGGUAGAUUCAAAAGAUUCACAGAAUAUGACUGAUUCUAAAAACAUAUUUAAUUUUCCACCUCAUCAGAUAGAAAGAAACAAGUUUAAAGAUUGCUCCACUAUUCAUCACUUAACACCACAGACGGUACGAGACUUGUUGAGGCAUACUGUGACUACUUUAUUGGCUCAUAUUGGGUUUGAAAGUUCAUCGGAUAUAGCUAUAGAAACAAUCACUGAUAUCGCGGAUCAUUUCCUAAGGAGAAUGACUCUGUUAUUAAAAGUUGCGGCUGAGCAGAAGGAUCAUGGCUUUCCCGACACUGUGGAGAGAGUGCUGGUAGAAACAGGCGUGGGUGGAGUGACGGCGUUGCAUGAUUAUUAUCAGGAAUACAUUCUGAAUUUCGAAGAGAACAUGAAAAGAAAGGUCGAGGAAAUGAUGGAAAGACAGAGAAUGGUACUAGACGAAGCCGCUAGCAAGCUACAAUUCGAAGAACUGGAUGAAUUUGGUAAUGUGUAUCGCGAAGUGCCAACACUUCAAUUGCUCGAUCCAGAAAUGGGCUUUCCACCCAGCCUGGAUGCUGGCUUUCAGAUGCUCUACAGUCUCGAGCAGGAUGAAUUAAACAGUCUGGAAGUGGAAGAGGAAGAGGUGAAUGUAAGCGAUUCACCGAAUACAACGGGACAACGAUCCGACGCGUCUGCAGACAAGAAAAGAUGUUGAGUUAUUGAGUGUGAAAUGUUUUCACGGAGGAUUCUCCAUGGAAUCACGUGAAACAUAUUUCUAUUCUUGCAAUCUACGUGUUUGUUGUAUCGUUUCAAUAAAUAGCAAAAUUUUA